CGCAGACUCGCUCCCUGGAUGGGUGCACACCGCGCGUCGCGCUCCAGCGACCGACGCGAGGAAGUCGGCCACUGGUCUUUGUGCGGAAGGGCGUCUCCGCCGCCUAUAAAACUCCCGUCCUCCUUCCCUAGAGACCUUGUACGCGGUCAGGGACACACAACAACAAGUCAUGGCCUGCAGGCGAACAGGACCAUCUUUGCUGGCGUUGCUAGUCACAGUGCUCUUAGUGGCCCCUAGCUCAGAGAAGAAGCUUCUCAAGCUGGCGCUGCUGAUGUCUGGAGGAACAACUUUCAUCCCUAUUCCAGUGCCGCUGCAAAAGAAGGUGCAGCACACCAAGCUAGUGCCAUUCAACAUGCCGUACCCCGUGCCUGUGCCAGUUCAUACGCAUGAGCACGUGAAGCACGGCGGUAAGCACGAGCAUGUCAACUACGAUCACAAGCACGAUGACUCGAGAAGCAAAGUGGUCGUCAUAGAUGACGACCAUCACGGUGGAGGGCACUACGGCGGAGGACACUACGGUGGGGGCCACUAUGAACACUAUAGCGGAGGACACUAUGGCGGCGGCUACUACUGAUCUUGUUGGGUAACAUCCCUCAACUGCUCGAAGACAGCCCUUCAACGUCAACAUCAAGUGCGUCCAGGCUGAGGAUCCUAAGCCUGACUUUAUCGUCAUAUGUACAUUAUUCAUUGCACUGAAGCAUCUGAAUACUCAGCGCAUCGACGCCUGUCAUUUUUCAGACUCCUUUUAACAUCACCCGCUAUUUCAAAGUAUGCCACUUCAACCUAUCAGUAGCUGUAUACUGAAAGCGCAUAGAAAUGAAUGCUGUAAAUACGUAAGUGGAAAUCAUUGUUAUGCUUCUUGCAUAACUCUUAUAGAAACACCAUGCACUGUUAUAGGGAUCUAAGCAACAUAUUUUGCAUAUUUUAGCGUCUUCAGACACAUUAGAUCGGUAGUAUACAAUUAGUGUGGUAUAGGAUUUUGCUGCAAAAAAUAAAUAAGCAGAGUAAUCAUUGUGAACGCCAAAUGCCGACAUCAACCGCACUUUGCUUUGAAGUAUCGAAAAUGUCUGAAUCAUCCAGAUGAUAGGGCAUGCUGUUGGCUAAGCAAUAACAACGCCACACAUUUUGCCAACUUGCACUGAACUGUUUGUUUCUCUUUGACUUUUCCUCUUACCUAAAUUAAAAACCGUGAGAAGUGCAAUAUUCAUUACGCAAGUACCUUUCAUUUGGAUAUCAGUCUACAACUUCUUACCACAACAUAAUCAGAAAAAAAAAACGUAUCAAAUAUGUGUCGCGGUUAAUUUACUUUAGUAUUGCGGGAAACAAUAUGAAUGUAUUAAAUUUCUGCACAGUAUUGUUAAAAUACAUAGCUCCCAUUCUUCAUCUCGGCUGUUGUUUUCAUUUCUUCUCUUUGUUUUGUACUUCCCUGCUUUCUUCUAUUUCCCUUCAUUCGAUGCUCCUUUGGGCAUCCUCUUUUGCUGUUUGCAGGACAGCAAGCCAAGUGUUUCGAUUUGGGUAACCCCACAGCCUUUCCCUUUUGUACAUAUGUCCCCAUCUUGUGCAUCUCUCGAAAUGAGCCCAGCACAAACAGGCACUCUCAUAAAGUCGCAGUUGGGUGCUAUUUCCAUAAAACUUUCUUCCAGUAUUUUUACUGUAGUAGAUAUGCGCGUUUGCGAAACGGAUAGUGAUUUUGGUUAUGUAUCAUGACAUGAUUACUAAAUAGAUGUAUGAAACCCCGCUCUCCUAAGCAAAGCGAAACACACAUUUCAGCAAUAAUUAUGCUCCCUCCCCUUUUUCGUGGUUUCCAUGUGUACAGCGUUGCCUAACUUUCAAAUUUGUAAAUAAAACCUU